AUGAUCCAAGGAAAUGACACCCGAGUGACAGAGUUCAUUCUCCUGGGAUUUGCAGUUCAAGAAGAAGUGCAGCACAUCCUCUUCUUUGUGUUUCUGGUCAUCUAUGUGACAUCUCUAGUGGGAAAUGUUGGUAUGAUUCUGCUCAUCAAGUGGGAUGCCCGCCUUCAUACUCCCAUGUAUUUUUUCCUCCAAAACUUGGCUUUUGUUGACCUCUGUUACACAUCUGCUAUCACUCCCAAGAUGUUAGUAAACUUCCUUGUCUCAGAUAAAUCCAUCCCAUUCUUGGGAUGUGUGAUACAAUUAUAUGUUUAUGGCAUAUUUGCCACGAUUGAAUUAUACCUUUUGGCUUCCAUGGCUGUAGAUCGUUAUGUGGCCAUCUGCAACCCACUCCAUUAUCCAAUAGUCAUGUCCCAGAGGGCCUGCAUCCAGCUGGUCACUGGAUCCUAUGUUGUGGGUUCCCUGAAUGCAACCACACACACAGGACUUCUCUUUUCACUGUCCUUCUGUAAUUCCAACACCAUCAAUCACUUCUUUUGUGAUGUGCCCCCGAUCCUGGCCCUUUCCUGUUCUAAUAUUGAUCUUAAUGUCAUGUUGUUAAUCAUCUUGGUGGGCUUUAACCUGGUAAGCACAUUGCUGGUAGUGUUCUUCUCCUAUGUUUACAUCUUGGCUGCCAUCUUGAGGAUGCCCUCUGCUGCAGGGAGGCACAAAGCCUUCUCUACUUGUGCCUCCCACAUGACUGCUGUCACCAUUUUCUAUGGAACCCUCUCUUACAUGUAUUUACAACCUUCUUCCAGUGUGUCACAAGAGAACGAUAAAGUGGUCUCUGUGUUUUAUGGUAUCGUGAUACCCAUGCUCAACCCCCUGAUCUACAGUCUGAGAAACAAGGAGGUAAAAGAGGCUAUGAAAGUUCUAGUAAAAAGUUUUUCAUGA